UUCUUCUUUCCCAUAAACUUCCUUCCUCCUUCCUUCUCCUGUAAUUCCUCCAUUGACCCUCCUCUCCAAUCAUACAUAUUUUGUAUAUAUAUAUACCAACAAUAUAUCAUCUAUAUAUUGUCAUAUUUACACUUUCAUGAUCUUGUGUAAUUAAUUAGGCACCUACAUUUGUUUUUCCUUCAAUCAAGAAUGGUUGAUGCAAAUAUGGGUGCAGCAGGUGGUCAAUUCCCUGAAUUUCCUAAAGUCUUGACACACGGUGGACAAUAUGUUCAAUAUGACAUUUUUGGUAAUUUAUUUGAGAUCACCACCAAAUAUCGUCCUCCUAUUAUGCCUAUUGGCCGUGGUGCUUAUGGAAUUGUCUGCUCGGUGUUUAAUGCGGAGCUGAAUGAGAUGGUUGCAGUUAAGAAAAUCGCCAAUGCUUUUGAUAAUUAUAUGGAUGCUAAGAGGACGCUCCGCGAGAUUAAGCUUCUUCGCCAUUUAGACCAUGAAAAUGUCAUUGGUUUAAGAGACGUGAUUCCUCCGCCCUUACGAAGGGAGUUUUCUGAUGUUUACAUUGCUACUGAACUCAUGGAUACUGAUCUUCACCAAAUAAUUAGAUCCAACCAAGGUUUAUCAGAGGAUCAUUGCCAGUACUUCAUGUAUCAGCUCCUCCGUGGGCUAAAAUACAUACAUUCUGCGAAUGUUAUUCAUAGAGAUCUCAAACCAAGCAACCUCUUGCUAAAUUCAAAUUGUGAUCUUAAGAUAUGUGAUUUCGGCCUUGCUAGGCCAAACCUAGAGAAUGAGAAUAUGACGGAAUAUGUAGUAACCAGAUGGUACAGGGCACCGGAGCUCUUGUUGAACUCUUCAGAUUACACUGCUGCCAUAGAUGUUUGGUCUGUGGGUUGCGUCUUCAUGGAGCUUAUGAAUAGAAAACCUUUGUUCGCUGGAAAAGAUCAUGUACAUCAAAUACGCUUGCUAACUGAGCUUCUUGGCACCCCAACGGAAUCUGAUCUUAGCUUCCUCCGAAAUGAGGAUGCGAAGAGAUACAUCAGGCAACUCCCACAACAUCCACGCCAGCAGUUAGCAGAAGUGUUCCCUCAUGUGAAUGCAUUAGCCAUUGAUCUUGUAGAUAAAAUGUUGACACUCGACCCUACUAGAAGAAUUACAGUUGAGGAAGCAUUAGCUCACCCCUACCUUGCAAAGCUCCAUGAUGCAGCUGAUGAACCGGUCUGCCCCAUUCCAUUCUCCUUCGACUUCGAACAACAAGGGAUAGGAGAAGAGCAGAUUAAAGACAUGAUAUAUCAGGAAGCCUUGGCACUGAAUCCUGAAUAUGCUUAAACAUAAGAAAAAUCAGUUAUUGCUCUUGUUUCCCUUUUGAUCUGGAGUAUCUACUUUACCUAGUGUGGAUUUCUUGCUUGGAUCAGCCCUCUCAAAGGUUUUUGUUCACGCAGGGUCAGUCCUUUGCAUCUUUAAUCUAAGCCAGCCAUCUAUAUAUCUUUUUUUUUCCCCCGUAAUUACGGUGGUGGCGGGGCUAGCUUGUGUACACCUCGUCUAUUCUAUUGGAUAUUUGCUACCUCCCACCAGCACAAAUAUUUAUAUAUCUUCCACUCAUUCUUAUGAUUUGUAUCUUGUAUUCUGUUUUCAGCUUAUUGUAGUCUGUAUUUUUGUUCAGUGUAUCAUGUUGUACUAUCAACUAUGUACAGUAGAUUGAUUGUAUUGAAAAGUAACUCAGUAGCAUGUGGAAAAUCUAUCAAGAAUCUUUUUUCAUUUUGAAAA